GUUCAAUUAGCUCAAGGCGAACUUGUCACUCUUUGCUUUCGUGCAAUUCCUAUUGACCCACGACACCAGUGGACUGACGAUCCGCAUCUCAAUACUCCGAUUCCCGAAGCGGUCGGAGUUCAAACUGACGGUCCGAGUGCACAUUCGACAAAUGAUGUGUCGGAUAAGAUAAUAAUUAGUUCACACUGCUUGUCCUCUAAUUUAAAUAUUGCCAAGGACGAUGAGGAUAAUUGUUCUAUUACUUCGUCGACUUCUCCUAAACAUUCUUCAGCAUUACGGACCUUAAAUGGCUAUAUACCGCCUCUCCGAUGUGAUGAGACCGUUUUCUCCACCCUACCACUUAUUUUAAAUUCAAAAAAGUCGCGGUUUGUCCUAUCUCCUGGCUCAGGCUUAACUCCUAGAUCACCCCCAAUCGAAUUGAUACAGGCGGCGGGCACACCAUGCGCCGAUUUCUACUAUAGAUCGGGCACGAAUUGGGCUCGUCUGGCUGAGCCACAAUUUAGGGUAGGUGACAUCAACCGAAAUUCAUCUGUUUAG